AUGCGCAUCGCAAGACCUCGACUCCGAGUCUCUCAGGGCGAGUCAGCAUUCGCAGUAGGGAAUGCACGCUGGACAAAUCUAGACCUGGACCCGAUCGCCAAAGAGCGACGCAAAUGGGGCGUGUCUAGCCUCGUAGCAUAUUGGAUCUCAGAUGCCUUCAAUGCCGCAACCUGGCAGUUUGCGAGUAGCAUCAUUGCAGUGGGACUAACCUACCGCGAGGCACUGGGCAUCGUCGCCCUAUCCUUCUUCAUCAUGUCCUUCGUGAUCGCCGCCAACGGUGCCGUCGGCGCAAUAUACCAUGUUCCAUUCCCUGUGAUUGCGCGAGCCAGCUGGGGCUUCUGGGGCUCAUACGUUGCUAUAAUUUCCCGAGUCAUUCUGGCAGUCUUCUGGUUCGCCAUUCAGAACGUCAAUGGUGGGAAUGCCGUUCGCGUCAUGCUAGGCGCCAUCUGGCCCAGCUACCUGACUCUCUCAAACACCAUCCCCGAGUCACAAGGGAUAACCACCAACGGGAUGAUUGGAUUCUUCAUAUUCUGGCUGAUCCAAGUCCCAUUCCUAUGCAUGCAUCCCAACAAACUACGCUGGCUCUUCACCAUCAAAUCAAUACUAGUCCCAAUAGCCUGGAUAGCAAUCCUAAUCUGGGCAUUCGUCGCAGAGAAAGACGGCGGUGGAGUCUUCACUGCACAACCCUCCACCCUCCCCAGCUCAAAAUACAGCUGGCUAUUCCUAGCAAACAUGACCUCCGUCCUAGGAAACUACGCCACCCUCUCCGUCAACCAAUCCGACUUCUCUCGCUACUCCCGCGUCAGUCCCCGCUGGCAAUUACUCUACAUCCCCAUGCUCCCAAUCGUCUUCACAUUCAUCUCCUUCAUCGGAAUAGCAGCCUCAUCAGCAGGCCAAGCACAUUACAACCUCCCCACAAUCCCAUGGGACCCAACAGUCCUAAUAAGCCACUGGCCCAACCGAGCCUGCAGAUUCUUCGGCGCCUUCUCCUUCGCCCUAGCUUCACUGGGCGUCAACAUCUCCGCAAACUCCCUCUCAGCAGCAAAUGACUUCACAGCACUAGCACCACAAUAUAUCAACAUCCGCCGCGGCCAGCUCCUCUGCGCCCUCUUAUCCUGGUGUCUUGUCCCAUGGAAAAUCCUAGAAUCAGCAGGUAAUUUCCUCACUUUCAUGUCUGCGUAUGCUGUCUUCCUCGGCCCAAUCGCCUCAAUCAUGCUCUUCGAUUUCUGGAUCGUGAAUCGUCGUCGAUACGAUACACUAGCUCUAUACCAGCCUUCCAACCCGAGAUAUAGCUACGCAUUCACGGCAGGGAAGAAAAUAUCUGGUGUGAAUUGGCGCGCGAUGGUGGCGUUUAUAGUUGGUGUUGUGCCCAAUUUGCCUGGUUUGAUCAACUCAGUGAAUCCGGGUGUUGAUGUUGGGGUUGGUGUGCAUCCAUUUCAGUUUGGUUGGUUGUUGGGGUUUGUGGCGACGACGCUGGUUUAUCUUUUUUUGUCUUGGGUUUUCCCUGCGCUGGAGACCAGGAUUGAGCAUGCGGUUUUGCCGGAUGAGGUUUAUGAGAGGGGGUUGGGAUUGGAUGGGGUGGAUGAGUUAGGGCUGGGUGAGAAACAUGCUGUUGUUGAGAAGGUUUAG